AUGUCCCCCUUCAACACUCGAAAGCGCAAGAGAAGCCAUCCACACCCAUACCUGGGCGGAAACUUUGCUCCUGUGCGCCAGAGCCAACCUCUGACGCCUUGUAGAUACUCGGGCACAAUACCAGACGAGCUACAUGGGGGCGAGUAUGUUCGCAACGGAGGCAAUCCUGUGUCUAACGAGGACCUCGGUCGAGAUGCCCACUGGUUUGAUGGUGACGGAAUGCUCAAUGGGGUGACCUUUACAAGGACACCAGAUGGAAUACAGCCCGAGUGUGUUAAUCAAUACGUUCUCACCGACCUAUUCCUUUUCACAUCCUCCUCCACGUCCCUUCGGCUCCCUAUCCUACCAAGCAUCGCGACACUCGUCAAUCCUCUGUCAUCCCUGUUCACGAUCAUUCUCCUGGUCUUUCGAACCAUCUUGCUGGUGAUACUAUCUCGACUCCCGGGUUCGACACAGGCCAUCAAGAAAAUCAGUGUCUCCAACACUGGCAUACUAUAUCAUGAUGGGCGGGCGCUUGCCACUUGCGAAUCCGGUCCACCGAUGCGCAUCGCUCUCCCGGGCCUGGAGACCGUGGGCUGGUACAACGGAAAGAAAGCUGUCGGUGAGGUCGGCGGAGAGGAGGGUUCAGGAUUCGGGGGUGACGGACUGCUGGGAUUCAUGAAGGAGUGGACCACGGCGCAUCCCCGAGUCGACCCAAGUACGGGAGAGCUGGUACUCUUUCAUUCCACUUUUGUGCCCCCAUAUGUACACUAUUCAAUAAUUCCUGCGGCUCACCCGCCUGCCAUAUCUUCGACGCCCCUGGCGAGGCCCACGAGGAUUCUCAACGCCCCCAUCCCAGGCAUAACGUCAGCUAAGAUGAUGCACGACUUUGGUGUAUCUUUGGAGCACACCGUCAUUAUGGAUCUCCCAUUGUCUCUGGAUCCGCUGAAUCUCGCAAAGAACAAACCCGUGGUGGCUUACGAUCCAACCUCCAAAUCGCGCUUUGGAGUCUUUUCCAGGUACUGUCCUCGUCAGAUACGUUGGUACGAGACGGACGCAUGUUGUAUCUUUCAUACUGCGAACACCUGGGACGAUCAAUCCACAGAUAAAGAGACAGGGAUGGGCAGGACUGCUGUUGUCAAUAUGCUGGCCUGUCGACUGACCUCAGCUUCGCUGGUCUUUGCCGCUGGUGACAUUGCUGCCCCUCAACCGACUUCCAUUGACGUUGAGAGCGAGGAGGACCAGUGCCGAUUAUACUAUUACCAAUUCUCUCUCGCCAACCCAACACGCAAUGUCAUCAACUACCAGUUCGCCCUAAGCGCAAUAUCAUUCGAGUUUCCUAGCACACGGGACGACAGAGCAAUGGGCGAGACCAGAUAUAUCUACGGGUGUUCAAGUUCUGAAGGUUCCUUCGGUGCUGCUCUUGGUCGAGCGGUCAAAAUUGACUGUCUUGUCAAGAUCGAUGCCGGGACUCUGAUCAAACAAGGCAAGAAAGACCCCCACAUGCGACCCAUCACCGGCUGUGUGGACAUGCGAUCCGUGGAAGAAGUUAUCGCCUCAAAAGACCCGGACGAUCCAAUCUCCGUCUUCCGCAUGCCUGCAGGAUGGUAUGCUCAGGAACCGCGCUUCGUUCCGAGACGUGGUGGCAUUCAGGAAGAUGAUGGCUGGCUUCUGACCUAUGUUUUCGAUGAGUCUCAGCUCGACUCUCGGGGUGAUUGUCGGCCAGAUGCAGUGAGUGAAUUGUGGAUCAUUGAUGCAAAGGACAUGAAGGCCGUCGUGGGGCGUGUCUACCUGACACAGCGAGUCAGCUAUGGUCUCCACGGCAGCUUCUUCAGUGAGGAUCAAGUCAAGGCACAACGACCCAUAGACACGAUCAGAGGAUUCAAAGAGAGAACCCAGUCGCCAAAUCACCACAGAUGGUGGCUAGCCGUUAGGGAAGGGCUCGAGAGAUUGUUGGGAUGA